AUGCCCCUUCAUAGCUCACAACUCCCUUCCUUCCAUAAUGAGGGCUGCUUCCCUCCAUCCUCCAUAAAUGGUUCCUAUGGCAGGGUCCAUCUCUCUCUGGAGAACAAAGCACUGUGGGAGGAGUUCUACACACUUGGCACUGAAAUGAUCAUCACCAAAUCUGGCAGACGUAUGUUUCCACCUUGCAAAGUGAUUGUUACCGGCCUGAACCCUCACUCUCUCUACCUGAUGCUGGUGGAUAUUGUACCUUUGGACAACGCUCGGUAUAAAUGGCACUGUGGCCACUGGGAGCCAGUUGGAAAAGCUGAUCCCCAUUUCCCCAGUCACUUUUACCUCCAUCCAGAUUCUCCAGCUCCUGGCAGUCACUGGAUGAAAGAGCCAGUCUCCUUCCAGAGACUCAAGAUCACCAACAAUACUCUGGAGCAGUGUGAACAUAUUAUAUUGCAUUCAAUGCACAAAUACCAACCACGAUUUCAUGUGGUGCUGACCAGCGCACGUACACUCACCCUGCCCUGGAAUGCUGUGGCCACCUUUGUGUUCCCAGAAACAACUUUUAUGGCUGUGACAGCCUAUCAGAAUUCCAAGGUUACCCAGCUGAAGAUUGAUAACAAUCCAUUUGCGAAGGGUUUCCGAGAGAAUGGACUCAGCUAUAAGAAGAACCGAGGGAAAAAUGUUAGAGGUACUGAAAUGGUAAAGCAAGGAAGGGCUGAGGAGACAGGCUGUGACCCCCUCACCGAUGAGUCUGUAGCCACACUGCAAGGAUACUGGUCUCUCCACUGAGACUGAGUCACGGAGCAGCUCUCUACACAAAGCUUAGUGGUAUGGGUGGAUAAAGCAAGCAGUUUUUCUUUGCAUACCCAAAGCUUGUCCCGUGCUCACUUAUGCUGGCUCUUACUAUGCCCAGGCUAUGAUUUUUCAUAUAAUUUACCACAACAAACCACUUCCCUCCAAUAAUGAUAAUUAUACAGCUACACACAAGCCAUUCCUAGAAGGAACUCACCACACCCAGUUCCAAUUUCUCCUACCUUCCCAUUUGGAAUUUUAGCACAGAAUUUGAGUGUUUUCAUUGAUUGCACUUUAUAGACAUUUGUUUUGUAUUUUAAAUCUAUGUUCAUAUUGCAGAAAAUAUUGCAGCUUUUAAAGUGCUGGUCAGUUAAAUACAUUUUCUCAUCACAGACACAUGGGUAGUCUGCACUUUUGUGAUAGUGAUUCCUUACGUAGAUGUGAGAUUGGAAUAUGGUAUAUUAUUACCAGAAGCACACGAAGUUGGAUAAAGUCUAAUAUUUUUA